CAGGAGAGGAGAAUCAAUGAUUACCAGAACUUUGUAUUGUUUUGUCUCUCUGUACCUUGACCUAUCCUGGAAUAUUUAAAGGGAAUUUGCAGUGGUUCGCUUGCCAGCCUCAGGUAAACUUUGUCUCCUGAUAGUCACUAUAGAUCUGUAGCGAAAGAAACAUGAAUGAAGAGAUUAAUUCAGUGGAGUUAGAACAGAAAACAGGUCUGGAUAAUAAUGGGUUUAUCUCAGGCAAGGGCGAUGAAGAAGCUAACACAGCAAGCAGAAAAAACAGCCAGACUGAAGAGCAAGCCUAUGCCGUUAAAAUACAUGCGUCUGAAGACGCACUGCCUUUAAGGCCCUAUGCUGGGAUGCCCAAAGAAGUCCUUCUGCAGUUUUCCAAUCAAACAUGCUACAAAGUUACCCGUGAGAUUCUCUUUUGGCUUAUCAUCAUCGCCACGGUAGCCAUUGUAGCUGCCACAAUCACCAUUAUAGCACUCUCCCCCAAGUGUCUUGACUGGUGGCAGAGCAGCCCGGUAUAUCAGGUCUACCCCAAAUCUUUCCGGGACAGCAACAAUGAUGGUUCUGGUGACUUCAAAGGAGUACAAGAAAAGAUAGAUCACUUUGUCUAUCUUAAUGUGAAAACCGUCUGGGUCGCCACUUUCUACAAAUCCACACUGAAAGAUUUUCAAUACGCUGUUGAUGACUUCCGAAAUGUUGACCCAAGCUUUGGAACCAUGUCUGAUUUUGAUAAUAUGCUUGCUGCACUCCAUGACAAAGGUAUUAAAAUAAUAAUUGACCUAAUUCCAAAUCACACCAGCGAUAAACACAAUUGGUUCCAGUUAAGUAGGAAUCGGACUGAUAAAUAUACAGACUACUAUGUUUGGCAUGACUGCCAAAUUACAGAAGGACGGGUUAUACCUCCCAAUAAUUGGGUGAGUGUAUAUGGAAAUUCUGCAUGGGAGUAUGACGACACAAGGAAUCAGUGCUAUUUUCACCAGUUCCGCAAAGAGCAACCCGAUUUAAAUUUCCACAAUCCAGAUAUCCAAAAAGAAAUUCUGGAUAUUAUAAAAUUCUGGCUGGAGAAAGGUGUUGAUGGUUUUACAAUCAAUGGCGCUAACCUUCUUUUGGAAGCAGAACACCUGCGAGAUGAACCGCAAGUCAACAAAUCACAAAGUCCUGACACAAUUACAUCCUAUGCGGACCUUUAUCAUGACUACACAACAACUCAGGUUGGGACGCAUGACAUCCUUCGUGAUUUCCGCCAGACCAUGAAUGAUUACAGCAGAGAACCUGGUCGUUAUAGAUUCAUGGGCACAGAGGCCGAUGAUCAGAACGCAGUGGAAAAAACAAUGCUGUAUUAUGGAAACUCCUUCAUCCAGGAAGCCGACUUUCCACUUAACUUCUACCUUUUUGACCUGAAUAAGGAUAUUUCUGGCAAUUCUAUAUUCCAGGUUGUGAAUCUGUGGAUGAAAUCUAUGCCCAAAGGAAGGUGGCCACACUGGAUGGUUGGAAGCCCCAGCAAUUCUCGCAUUGCCUCUCGAGUAGGGAGAGACUAUGUUGACGUUGUUAAUAUGCUCCUGCUUACACUCCCUGGCACCCCUACACUCUACUAUGGUGAAGAGCUGGGAAUGGAAGACAGUCCUACGCUCAACAUUAGCACAAAUCCUUCUGUAGAACACAAUCCUGAUGAAUACCCAGUGAAGACUCCUAUGCAGUGGGAUAACUCCUCAAAUGCUGGGUUUAAUGAUGGCAAUAAAACAUGGCUGCCUGUCAACCAGGAUUAUACAAAAGUCAAUGUUGAAGUUCAGAAACUGAAACCAGAUUCAACCUUAAAUUUGUAUCGAGAUAUAACCAAGCUGCGAUACGAUGAAUUACCCCUUCACAGGGGUUGGUUGUGCUAUGCUUGGAAUGAUGCCAAUGUGUUUGCCUACGUUAGAGAAAUAGACGGCUUAAACAAAGUAUUUAUGGUGGUGCUAAACUUUGGGCUUCAGGCAUCUGUAAAUAUUAAGGGCCAAAUUCCAGAUCUUCCAGCACAAGCAAAAAUCAGAUUAAGUACAAUAUCUGAGAAAAACGGGAAAACCGUAAACACGAACAAUAUUGACACAGAACGAGGGGAAGGUCUGAUAUUGGAGUACGGAACAAACAAACCGCUGCACAACACAGAGGCGUUCAAGGAGAAGUGCUUUAUUUCAGAAAAAGCAUGCUAUUCCAGUGCAUUUGACUUACUGUACAAGAAUUGCUGAAGAAUACACAGAUAUAUUCUUCUACCAUAUUACGAAUCACAAUUACUGUUCAACCUAAUUUGCUCAUCAUUUAUGCUGCAAGGUACACACUUUAUGGAGCAAUAUAAAUAAACCUACAUAUUUUGUACAAAUGUUUGGAAGAAUAAAAAUAAAAACAUGUUUGGUUACUUUA